AUGGCUUUGGCUCUGAAUGGUAUAGUUGGUUCUAUAAGUGUCUUGGCUUCCCAUGCUCUGGUAAUUACUUUAUCUAUUUCUACUGGAAAUCUUCACUUGGUUUGCUCAGGCGUUCACGCAAGCCAUAUCCCUGUUAAUAGACAGUUUCUUUGGAAUCAUCUUCGUGGUGUGUCUGCUACAAUUACUACUCUGUGGGUUUUAGUGGGUGAUUUUAAUGAUACUUUGGCUUCCACUGAACGACGUGGUGGUAUUUUCUCUCCCUCUAGAGCGCAAACCUUCCUGGAUAAUUUGAAUUCUUAUAACCUGUUGGAUAUUGGUGCAACUGGUAUGGCCUUCAUUUCGUUUCGAAACUGUCAAGGGCAACUUCCUGUCCAUAAGCGUCUUGAUCGUGCUUUGGCCUCUCUUCAAUGGCGGGUUGACUUCCCGAAGGGUGGAGUUGAGGUUCUUCCCAGACUUCAUUCAGAUCAUAGUCCCUUACUUCUUCGUUGUGGGAGGAAGAUUGAGAAUACAGGAAGUAGACCCUUCCGUUUUGAGGCAGCCUGGGCCAUGCAUCCUCUGUAUGGUGAUGUUGUCCAAGAGGCUUGGCAGAAAGGUGGGCCGAAUGUGCUGGAGGAUCUUCAUGAAGUGAAAAAUGAUUCUAUAGAGUUUAAUAAGAAGACUCUUGGGAAUAUUUUCCGGCGCAAGAGGCACGUUGAGAACUGUAUGGCGUCUAUUCAAAUGAGACUAGAAACAGUGGACUCAAUGGCUUUACUUCUUAAACUUGCUAAUCUCAAGAAGGAAUAUAAUGACAUCUUGGCUCAAGAGGAAAUGUUAUGGUUCCAGAAAUCCAAGGAAAAAUGGGUAAAAUAUGGAGAUAGGAACACAGCUUUCUUUCAUGCUCAAACUGUUACCCUGGGGGUUGAUACAUCCUGCUUGCCAACGUCGGGAUUGCCCACCAUUCCUGCACAUUUUAUUCCAGAUCUUGAGCGUGAGGUCACAAAGGAGGAGGUUUAUAUGGCUCUUCAGCACAUGGGGUCUUUCAAAGCUCCGGGUUCAGAUGGUUUCCAUGCCUUCUUCUAUAAAUCCUACCGGGAUGUGGUAGGUGAUGCAUUUUAUCAAAUAAGGCCUAUUCUGAAUGAGAUUAUUAGCCCUAUGCAGAGUAGUUUUAUCCCAGGAAGGAGCACCAGCGAUAAUGCUAUAACUCUCCAGGAGAUAGUGCACCACCAACACAAGGCUCGAAGGAAGAGUGGAAACUUGGUUUUUAAACUUGACCUGGAGAAGGCUUAUGACCUGGUUGACUGGCAUUUCUUGAGGGAAACUAUGGUGGCUUUUGGCUUCCCCCAAUCUUAUGUUACUCUCAUUAUGUAUUGUGUUUCUGUGUCUCAGUUAGCUAUUUUAUGGAAUGGUGAGAGAUUGCAUCCUUUUGCUGCAAAGAGGGGAUUACGACAAGGGGACCCUCUUUCUCCUUAUCUUUUUGUGUUAUGCAUGGAGAGGAUUAGUUCGGCUAUUUCGACUGCAGUUCAGGAGGGUAGGUGGGAUCCCAUUUGUACGGUUCGGAAUGGACCUGGUUUGUCCCAUGUUUUCUUUGUAGAUGAUGUUCUUUUGUUUGUUAAAGCAAAGGUUAGUCAAGUGGCGUACCUUUGCUUGUAUAGUUUGCCUUGA